CAGAGUAUUAUGGACUAGAGUACUGGAGAAAUGAAUGAAAGCAGGAUUAGGAAAUUGAGAGGUUGGUAAUUAAAACUUUAGAAAAUAGAUUGGUACCAAGAAGAAUUGGAGUACAAAGAUGUUGUAUUUGCAGAUUGAGGCUCAGAGGGUAAUGGCCAAGAAGCUUCAGAAAGAGCAAGAACUGAACUAUCCAGAGACUAUAAUUGCACCAGAAAAGAAAGAAAGAUCUAAGAGUGUUAGAUCUAGUGUGGAAAUAAGGACUAAUGGACUACCAAAAUCUAGCAACAUACUGCCAGACUCAGAAUGGGUAAAACUUAGUCCUCAAGAGAAAUUAUCCUGGGCAAAAAGUACCCAAGACCCUCGUAUUGCCAUAGGUCAUCAAUCCCCACUAGAAAAAAAAAUUGUGUUAACUGCUUUGAAACAAAAUACAGGACACCAAAUGAUCCAGGGGCAUUUGUCACUCAGGUUGUGGAAAUGACAAACCACAGAAUACUAUUGGACUCCGGAAAAAGCCUGCAUUGCAGUCAUCCUUAAAUAUCUUUCAAACCCACCCUCCCAAGUACUGCCACCUGAAUUGGGAAUUCUGAUCCUUCGAAUUCAAGAUGGAGAUGAUAACAAGGAAGACCCCAAAAGGAGUUUCCAAGAUUGUUAGCUAAAUUCAGCUCUGAAAAAGAAAAAGAAAAAAAAAGCAGCAGAAAGGGAUAAAUCUGGAAAUAAAAAAAUCUAAAAGGAAGCAAAAAACUAAUCAAAGUGACUAACUAAGAAAACAGAAAAAUGAUUUAUUUGCCUGCUAAAAAUGGAGAAAAGUAAAAAAUAAAAAGAAUCCAGGCCCUGAUUCAAUAAAAGAGGGGGGAAAGAAAAGUAAAUUUGAAUGAAAUCUUAUGCCGCCCUUUUCUGUGUUUUUUUUUUUUUUUUAAUUUAGUACAAGGAAAUCUGACCAUGUCAUUCCCAUUACUUAAUAAACUAGGAUGAAAUAUAUACUCUUCUUUUUGGCUUUCAAAAUCUAUCUAUUCUUCCUCUUCCCAUGCUUUAUGGUCUAAUUAAACUGGUUAUCUUACUAUUCCUCACACAAAAUAUUUUCUCUUCCAUCUUUUCACAACUGGUCAUCCCACAUGCCUGACACACACUCUGUCCUUACCUCUACCUCAUGGCAGACUCACCUCAAGUUCCACAUUCCCUUCCCUGAUACAUCUGCUCCAAAAUCAUUAGUUUCUCCUGAUACAACUGCUAGCAGUUGUCCUCUUUUCUCUUUAUAUUUAUUAAUUUAUAAAUACAUAUAAGCAUAAAUACUCAACAGAAGGUAAGCUCUUUAAGGCAAGAACUAUUUUCUUUUUGUUUUUUUGAUGCUCAUUGUCUAACAGUGUGUGGCAUAUAGUGGGCCUUUAAUAAAUGUUUGCUGAAUGACUGACUGAUGAUCCCUCCUCCUUAUUUUUCUAUACAAUUCAGAAGAAUAUUUUUAAUAAAUGCAAUGGUUUUUAAUAAUUAUAGAAAUAUAUUUUUAAAAAGAUGGAAUCCCAUCUCAUCCUUCCCCCUUUUAAAAUAUAUUUAUAUAAAUAUAAAUUCUUUUUAAAUGGGGAGA